GGCCCGGGAGGAGGCCGAGUUUGCGGCGGGCGGGAGGUUUAAGGCUGCCGAGGCACAAGCCGAUGCGAGUAAAGAAAGGUUUCUGCGAAGAAUGUCUUCACAAUCCAGUGAGGAAGAAAAUAUGAAAAUAAAUUCUCAUUUGAAUCAAUAUCAACGGGAUAGCAGGUUGGAAAAUGAGAUUCAGGUCAAGAGUUGUGAAUUAUCCUCUUCAUCAGGUUCCACCUCCUCUCUGCUGUCUCCUAUUUACCAUGAAAGUUACGAAAGUGAAGAUGAAGAAAAUGAGUCAUUAAACAAGCAGACAGACAAACUUUCAAGAAGAAAAUCAGAAUCCACCCCAAGUAAAAAGGUAGAUAGUUUUUCAAAAACACCAGUAGUGUCAACUCCGAGUGGACAAAAGAAAUCCAGGCAGAACGUUGGCUUGAAAAGAGAAACACUGUGCAAGAGAUGUACUUUGGAGCCUUCCAAAGAAUCCACAACGUUGCUGCUCUCUCCUAUUUACCAUGACAGCUAUGAAAGUGAGGAUGGUGAGACAGCGGCUUCCAAAACACCUACAAGCAGUAUUUCAGACAGAGAAAUAGCAUGUACUACAAACAAAACUGUGUCAAAGAAAUUGACAAUGUGCACUCCAGUCAAAUCAAAAACAUCUAGGCUUAGAACUUCUGCAAGAAAGGCAAAACAGAGUGAAGAGGAGGAGCAGCAUUUAAAGGAAGUUGAGCUUACUGCCUGGGAGGCAUGGCUUAUCAAGAAAGCAAAGGAAGAACGCAUUGAAGUGCAAAAAAAAUCUCAGCAAGAGGUGUUAUUGAAACAAGCAAAAUUAAAAGAGCAAGAAGAACUUCAAAGGAAAAAAGCUCGUGCAGAAGAAGAGCAUAGACACUGGGUGCAGAGAAAAAAUGAAAAGGAAAAACUGGAAAAAGAAAAGAAACUUCAGAAAGAGCAGGAGGAAAAGAAUGCCAAAGAACAAGAACGAGAGCGUGCUGCAGAAAGGUCAGGUAAAAAAUUUCAAGAAUGGCUUAAGAAAAAGAAGCUUCAGGAAAUGGAGAUAAAGAAACAGGAAAAGAAUGCUGAAGAAAAGAAAAUCGCUGAAUUGCAGGAAAGGAGAGAAAAAGCAGACAAAGUUUUCCAAGAGUGGUUAGAAAAAGUGAAAAACAGACCACGGAUUGUUCCGAGCAGCCUUGCUUAUGCUAAUGGUAAACUCACAGGAUAUUAUGAUGGAAGUUCAUAUCCAGCUCCAAGCUACUUCAAUCCAAUUCCAUGGAAACCCAUCCCUGUGCCAUGUUCAGAAGAUAACAUUAAAAAGAUAACCUGUAAGGAAAAAGUGAAACCAAAAUCUACAUCCCUAUAUAUCCCACAUUCUAAUGUGGCUUUCAGACCAAAGGACAAUCUUGUUGUUGGAAAUGGUUGGAGGAAAGCAAGGUGACUUCCAUUGACUGCGUCAGUAUAUUCCACUUUUUGUUUUUUUUUCUUUUUUCUGGAAUUGUUAUCAGGUACAUAUUUUUCUGUAUUUAUAUUUGAAUUAAAAGAUUAUUUUAUAUUCCUUGUUCGGUAUUGCCAGAGUUGCAUGUGCUCUC